CUUGAAAACGAAAGUGUGCAGAACACCACGAAGAGAGUCCCAAGUAGUAAAGCAGUGGACGUGCUGAUGGUCUUACUCAUAGCAUGUGCUGCAGUUCUAGCGCUGCUCCUCUUGGUCUUUAUGUAUGUCAACACUAAACCCAGAAGGUGUUCAAACCUUCCCCCAGGGAGCACUGGAUGGCCUCUCCUAGGCGAAACAUCAGCGUUUCUUCAAGCACACCGGAAGGGAAGGCCAGAGAGUUUCGUCCAAGAGCGAAUGGACAAACACAACUCUCGAAUCUUCAGGACAUCGUUACUCGGUGAAAACAUCGCUGUUUUAUGUGGUCCUCCGGGGAACAAGUUCCUGUUUGGGAAUGAGAACAAGCUGGUGGCUCUUUGGUGGCCUAGCCCUAUCAGAAAGCUGUUUGGUUGCUCCUUGAUUAGUAUGGUGGGAGAUGAAGCAAAGCGGGUACGUAAAAUGCUCAUGACUUUUCUGGGACCUGAAGCACUGGCACGGUAUAUCACAGACAUGGACAACGUCACACAGCACCAUUUCAGAACUCACUGGGACGGUAAAAGGGAGUUGAAGGUCUACCCGGCAGUCAAAAUCUACACAUUUGAACUAGCGUGCCGCCUAUUUGCAAGUGUUGAAGACCCACAGGAUAUUUCAAGGCUUGCAAUUCAAUUCAAUGUGUUCCUUAAAGGACUCAUGGAGAUUCCUCUCAAAUUACCUGGCACAAGAUUCUAUCGGGCAGGAAGAGCAGCUAAUAAUAUUAGGGAAAAGCUUCAAACAAUGAUCAAACUGAGGAGAGUAGCUUUGGAACAGAAGAGGGCAUCACCUUGCCAAGACCUUUUAUCUUACAUGCUCGUAACACCAGAUGAGAAUGGGAGGUUUUUGACUGAGGUUGAGAUCAUUGAUGAUAUACUUACGCUGUUAUUUGCAGGCCAUGAUACUUCUGCCUCUGCCAUAACAAUGCUAGUGAAGUAUCUUGGAGAAUUGCCUCAAGUGUAUGAGAAGGUGUUUAAAGAGCAAAUCGAUAUUGCAAUGUCAAAGGAAACAGGUGCAUCACUGCAGUGGGAGGACAUACAGAAGAUGAGAUACUCGUGGAAUGUUGUAUCCGAAGUAAUGAGACUCACGCCACCAGUAUCUGGUAACUUCAGAGAGGCCUUGGUUGAUUUCACCUAUGAAGGUUACACCAUUCCCAAAGGAUGGAAGUUAUACUGGAGUGCUUCUUCAACACAUAAGGAUCCAAGCUUAUUCCCCAGUGCAGAGAACUUCAAUGCUUCAAGGUUUGAAGAAGCAGGGGGCACUCCAUUCUCAUAUGUCCCGUUUGGGGGAGGACCUAGAAUGUGUUUGGGAAAAGAAUAUGCACGGCUUGAAAUACUUGUUUUCCUGCACAAUUUGGUGAAGAGGUUCAAAUGGGAUCUACUGAUUCUUGAUGAGAAAAUUGAAUAUGAUCCAAUGGCCACCCCAGAAAAAGGACUUCCCAUUCAUCUUCAACCUCAUGCGUCGAAGUUUUAAUAUUUUCACUGGGUAUUCCUAGGCAGUUCUAUUAUAUGCAGUUCUGGUUAUACACACAACUGCCUUGAGAUACAAUAUCGUCCAAUGUAAUAUCCACAAACUAAAUAUAUCAACCUAAACGCACGUGCACGUUUCAUCUAUUA